AUGAUACCAACUUACAUUGCCAACGCGAUAUCCCUCAUCGUUCAAACUGCUGCGAUUCAAGCUCCGCCACCAACCCCUCCACUAUCCGCUGCUCUCUUGACUUCCUCAAGCGCCCUCGCUGCGUCGCUCAAGUCUUCCUUCCCAAAUCAAGGUCCAGCCUUACUACCUCAACCGUACUGGUGGUGGCAAUCUGGAACUGCUGUCGAAGCGCUGCUCAACUAUGGUUCAACGACAGGAGAUUGGCAGUACGAAGAGAUGCUCAAGAACACAAUCAUAACUCAAGCGACAGUAACAAACGACUUCAUGACCAUAGAUGCCACCGGCAAUGACGAUCAGGCAUGGUGGGCACUCGCCGCCCUGACAGCCGCUGAGAACAAGGUACCGCAACUAGGAGGCAUAGCCUGGGUCGAUCUAGCAAGAAACGUCUUCAACGAGCAGAGACAGCGAUACCAAGACGGCGCGAAUACAUGUGGAGGGGGAUUACGCUGGAAGAUUGACUACGAAGGCGGAAACAAUGGAUGGCACUACAAAAACGCCAUUACAAACGGUUUAUUUUUCCAGCUCGGCGCUCGGCUCGGCCAUCUCACAAACGACACCGAGAUGCUGACUUGGGCGGAGAAGACGUAUGCCUGGAGUACGAAAGUCGGACUUGUGGAUCAAGAUUUCAAUGUCUACGACGGGACAGACGAAGAGAACGGAUGCUCGGAUUUGAACCAUAAUCAAUGGAGUUACAAUGUUGGAGUUUACCUUUAUGGCUCUGCUGUCAUGGCGGUUCAUACCAAAGACGACAAAUGGGUUAAUCGGACACGCGGUUUUAUUGCUUCUGCGAAGCGUACUUUUACUUCGCCAGAUACUGGCGCUUUGUUCGAAUCUAAGUGCGAGGGGAAAGACAUUGACGAUGGAGGUUGUGAUACGGAUCAAGUUUCGUUCAAGGGCUUGCUGGCACGGUGGUUGGGUGCUACAGCAGUGAUAUUACCGGAGGUUCAGGAAGAUGUUGAGAAGAUUAUUAAUGCGGCCGCGAUUGCGGUGCAGGAUGGAGAGAAGACGGACUUGGGACCUAUCGAGAGCUUCAAUGCUCUGGAGGUUUUCCAUGCGUACGCCUACGGUACUGCAUUUUGGUACGGUCUGCGUGGCAUGUGCCGCGUUUACGACCCUCUCAUGGUUAUCGGCUGGUUUCGGCCUCCCUCGCAACUGAACCUUGCGCCGAACGACCUCGAAGUAUACAACGUGCGCAACGAUGGAUGGUGUCUCGUCACCCUUGCACUGAUCCUGGUAUCAUUUACCAAUGCCGUGCCCUUUACCUCAGCGCCUGCGACAAAGCUUACGUCAAUCCCUUAUGCGAAGGCCGUGGUGGCUGCGACAGUCUUCCAUCAUAUCACGACUGGCAUCGGCGCAUACCAACACUACAAGCUGCCGAGUCAUUACAACACCAGUAUGAGUAUUGGCGUGUGGGGUAACGUGUGGCUGACGCUGACGGGACUCUUUACCUUGGCGAUGCUGCAGUCGAAUGCGGGAAACAAACCAGUCGAGGAGGUCACUAAGAAGGCGAAAUAG